AUGAACUGCUCUGGGCCCAUCAUCCGUCUGAGAUGGUCACAGAAGCACCAAGCACGUCCCGAUAACAGAAUCCAAAAGCGAACAACACAUACGAAGCACUCCUCGGCGACUAGUCACUCUGCUAUUCCAGAUCAGCCGGAAGCCACUCUCUCGGGUUCAGGCUUCUCUUCAUUGCCAUCAAUAUUUGGCUCUCCUGCCAUCGAGGGAAGUUAUGCCAGCCACGGUGGUGAUGACUGGAUCGACGAAGCGUUUGGAGGCAUGCUGCCCGAGCUCAUGUCAUUUGGCCUCAUACCGAACGCUAGCACGACAACAAUCCAGACGCCAGAACUUCUACAAAUGGCAGACGAUUUCGGCGCAACAGCCGAGUCGGCAGGAUUGAGCCCAAAAGAAGCAUUACACCAAGAGUGUGAUAUCCCAACAUCACCCAUAGCAUCUCUACCAAUUGAUACGAACCGACCGCAAACCGUUUCAUCUCAACCAGCUCAGGUUGUAGAGACGCCUCAACCUUACACUUCAACAGUUGUCGAUCGACCCUUCAACGAUUACAGUACCAUUCUUGUCGAGUACUACUUCAAAGACACUGCGGCUAUUCUCGCCUUGUACGACAGUGAGAUGAACCCAUUCCGAUCAACGGUCUCUCGCGCAUGGGCAUCCUCUGAGCUCAUAUACUGUACACUGCAGAGCAUGGCUGCGUCCUUCCUCUCCAACGUCUAUCCUCAGUUGCUACGUACCGGACUAUAUUUCCGACAAAAGGCUAUCCAUCUUCUGAACGACCUCGACGACUCUGAAAUUCAUGAGCAGGCGCUCAUUGCUUUAUUCAUGAUCGGCGGAACAGCUAGUUGGUUCAAUGUCAACGAUACUGGUUCAGAGUAUUUCCCCCGCCUCAAGAAACAUGUACAGAGUCUCAAGACUUCGGGUCGCAUGUCGCCAACGGGUCAUAGCCAAGCAUUUUUUGAGAACACUUUGGCGUGUUGGGAAAUGUUUCUAGCCUUUGUGGUCGAUGGCGAUGAGGAUGAGGUUUUCGACUCGCCGCAUUUACCACUAUUACCGGCAGACAAAGACCCAGAACCUGGAUCGAUAUUCCCUGUGGUCCAGAUACCUCAUCCUGUAACCGGAGUCGCGCACGAGAUCCACACAACUCUGGCAAGGGUUGGUCGUUUGGUCCGAAGAAAUCGUCGUCGCGCCAUGUCCAAGCAAUUCCUCACACGGGAGAGCAUUCUAGAGGCCAAUCGCGAAGUUGACGAAGCAGCGGAAUUGGAAGUAUUUCUCACCAACCUGCAAGUUCCGUUAGAGUCGGCGAUAGUGCAAACGGGCGACUCACAGACACCGACUUGGCAUCUCACGGCACUUGCAGAAGUAUAUCGCUUUGUUGGCCUUAUUCAGCUAUAUCACGUCUUUCCCGACACCCUAGUAUCGAGGAUGAACCUCCAGAACUCACAUGCUGGGGGGGAAGUCACCGAAAUAUCCGCGCAUGAAGCGGAGGAGAGACUGAGACAGUUCACGCUCAAGGCCGUCGAGAUCCUCCGCUCAAUACCGGCUGAGUCUGGGACCAAGGACUUUCAUCCAUUUUUGAUCGUUGCUGUCUGCAGUGCGCUUACAAUUCCGGUUGUUGAAGUGUCAGCUUCUCCGCAGAGCAUGGCGGGUUUGGGAAACUCGUUGGCUCUAGUGGCGGCUGAAGUUCACCGGGCGCGGGGUUUUCUGAGGGGUCGACUACAGCUUCUGUUGCAUUCUCUACCAAAAAACCCAAUCCAGCGGUGUAUUGACAUUGUUGAAGCUACUUGGGCAGAGACAGAUAAUCGGCAUGGGAGUUCGGGACGACCUGCGUACUGGAUGGAUGUGAUGAUGCAGAACAAUUGGGAGACUUUUAUGGCAUGA